AUGUGCGUCUCGGAUCUCCUGGAGAUUCCCGGUCAGGACUUCCUCUUCGAGCACGAGUUCCUGAAGUUUAUCUGUGCAGCAUGGAGACCGGUGUGCAGAGGACAUGAAGUGGCGAUGGUGAAUCCAGGCUUGAAUCUGGUGAUCGACCCAACAGGCAAGCUGCUCACAAAGAGGCGGCAGAGCGCCUACAUCUAUUCCGAUGCGAUCCUUCAUUUUGUGACCAAAUUCAAGCACCUCGCCCGUCGGGCACGGAGUUCGCAUCAGGCACAGCUCCGUGAAUUGAAAGAUGAGCUGGCUAGAUUCCUUGAGGAUUCAGACUCGGAGGUUGAGCAGGAGAGCCAAGCAGAUGAAGAUGAAGAUAGUGCUCUAUCUACUUUGGCUGGGCAUGACGAUGCGGAGUCAGUUGAGAGUUCCAGCUCGGCGGUGACCCCGCCGAUGCACAUCCCUGCUUUGAGUGGUGAGAUGCAGAUGGUCUUGGCCAAGCUACAAGCCAAGUGCAAGAAGCAGGAGGUUCUGGAAAGCCUUCGAGGUUUGAUUCCUGCGGAGCCCGCAAAGCCGAUCCUGCCCAGUGCACAGUUGCUCGCCUGCAUUCUGGAUUUGAUCGUGUGGGCUAAAGAUGAUGAGGCCGAAGCUGCAAACAGACCCGGUGACGAGCUUCAACAGGUUAGCAAGAAAAAGAAGAAGGCCCCCUCCUCCAAGAGUUCCAAAGCCUCAAAGGCUCAGGCCCAGCAGGACGAGAAGGAGAACAAAGUUCAGGUUACAGAUGAGAAGAAGAAGAAGAAAACAAGUUCGAAAGAUGAAAACGGUGAGGAAACCGAGGCGAUGGUGCGCAUGAAGAGGACGAUGACGGAGGAUUGUGCAUAUGUGCCUGGAUCCUACAAGGAUGCUCGUUUGAGGUACAUUGCGAAGAAGCGGGCUCGGGGCUUCUCAUGGAAGGAAGCUUGUCAAAAAUGGAAUCAGAGUUCAUCAAGGGCCUCCUGGCUGGAGGGAUUAUCGAUCAACGAGUUGAAGCGACGUCUGGUUUCAAGUCUUGGGGAGCUCUCCUUCAAUUCUGUGCACAAGGAGCUUGACUUCUUGCACAUUUUCUCCGGCUGCGAUUCUGUCGGUGCCAGUCUCCGCAAUGAUUUGGGUCUGCUUGGAACAUCCCUGGAUAUCGAGGAGGAUCCCCUGGGCCAUGAUUUGAUGACUACAUCCGGCUUCCUGUGA